AUGACCGUUUCCCAUCCCACCAUCUCGUAUGACCGAGCCAGACCCAACCCAACCCAGACCAAACCAUCCCAACUCAACCCUAAACAUAUCCCACCCCACCCUCCAUCAAGUCUGCUUCACACCAGCCCCGGCAACCUCACCUCCAGCCGCACCACCAGCGCUACCACGACACCAACAGCGUCCUUCGCCUUCAUAUUCGACAUGCACGACGAUGUGCAUACCCUUGCCCUUGAGAAACUGCACGGUGCGCUCGCGGACGUCUUCGAGGUUGGAGGCGCGCGAGGCGAUGAUGUGAAUGACGCCUAG